AUGUUUUGUUGGAGUCGCAUGAAAACAAAAAAACUGAAUUUACGUCGAAAAGUUGUUAUCAUUGGCGAUCGUGGUUGUGGCAAGUCCUCUUUACAACGAGCCAUUAGUGGUGAACAAUGGUCUGAUGAAUAUAUUGAAAUGCCACUUUCACCCAAAAUACUGAAUUUUCCCCUGUGUAACAGAAACACUGUUUCUGUAUUUCUUGUCCGGAUUAGAUAUGUACCAAGACCGAGAGCUCGGUCUCGAUAUCAUUGA